AUGGUCAACAUUAAACUAAGCUACUUACUUUUGCUACUACUCUUCACCUUCUUCCUUGCAGCACAUGCAGUAGAAGGAUCUAGAACUCAAGUAAUACUACCUUUCCAACAAGGGGUCUCUCAUUCGCUUCCAUCGCAUUUGCAGGGCAGCAAUGAAGCAAAGAUGAAUAGAAAUUCAAGGAGAUUGAUGAUUGGAUCCACAGCGCCUACCUGCAGUUAUAAUGAAUGUAGAGGAUGCAAGUACAACUGUAGAGCUGAGCAAGUUCCAGUCGAAGGAAACGACCCAAUCAAUAGUGCAUACCAUUACAAAUGUGUUUGCCAUAGGUCAUAAAUCGAAUAUAUAUAUUGUAAGUUUGAGUUGAGUGUACUUGUGUGGUUUAGAAUGAAGAAGAUAUUGAACUAGCAUCAAAAGAAAUUAGAAACUAG